AUUAUGCCUAGUUUUGCUGUAUUACUAUCAUGGCUGUCUUGUACAUUUUUCUCCUAUUCUUUUUUAUUUUAAAUAUGGAGGCCAUGACUUCAGCCACUCUAGAAGAUUAUCAUCAAUUGAAUUUACCAACAGGAGUUGUUGGCCCUGAAAGUCUUGCUUUUGAUUGUAAUGGCCAAGGGCCUUAUACUGGUGUGUCAGAUGGAAGAAUUUUAAGAUGGAAUGCAUCAAAUCAAGAUUGGGUUGAGUUUGCUAUUACAUCACCUAAUAGGGAUAGAGUGUUAUGUGAUGGAACAAAUGACCCUAAUAGAGAGCCACAAUGCGGCAGACCACUAGGUCUAAAGUUUCAUCCCAAAACUUGUGAACUUUAUAUAACGGAUGCUUAUUUUGGAUUGAUGAGAGUUGGAUCAAAUGGUGGAAUUGCUACUCAACUUGCAAAUUCAGCUCAAGGAACUUCUUUCAAAUUUCUUAAUGAUUUAGAUAUCCAUCCUACAACUGGAAUUGUCUUUUUCACAGAUAGCAGUCUUCGCUAUCAAAGAAGGGACUUUUUACAGAUCAUUAUAAAUGGAGAUAGCACUGGACGGCUCCUGAGAUUUGACCCAACUACCACACAAGUGAGCGUAUUAUAUAGUGGGUUAGCAUUUCCAAAUGGCAUUGUUCUAUCAAGGGAUAAUACUUAUCUCCUUGUAGUUGAAUCAACAAAAUAUCAAAUUCUAAAAUUCCCACUUACUAGAUUUGAUAUAGGAGUCCCAUAUUUUUUUGCUAAAGUGGAUAUGUUCCCUGAUAAUAUCAGAAGGAAUGGUCAAGGAAACUAUUGGGUCGCAAUGAACACACUAAAGGUAGGAUACUUUGACGAGUUAUUGGGUGUGUUGUUUGAUGAAAAUGGAAGAGCAAUUCAAGUUAUGAAUGGUGAUGGUGGUGAUACUCUUGAAUUUGUAAGUGAAAUUGAAGAGCAUAAUGGAAGAAUGUGGUUUGGAUCACCUAUACAACCUUAUGUUGGUACCGGAAUGAAUUUUUAUAUUUAAUUUUUAAGUAAAUAUACUAGAGAGAGAGAGAGAGAGAGAGAGAGAGAGAGAGAGAGGAGAGCAUGAUCUAAGGAGAGAAGGGAACGAAUCGCAAGCUUUAUAUUCGGAAAUUGUCAUUAUGUAAUACAGAAAUGUGCACUAUCAUGAAUCGAAAAAUGUGGAGGUAUUUUUGUAAAUACAUUCAACUUUUUCGUCCACUUGAGUUGUACGUUAUUAUAAUCAUAAUUGUCCAUCAUUUCAAGACAUGCUCAUUUCACCCGGGAAGAAAUUAUCUCACCAGAAUUAGACCCUAUAUAUAACUCCUUUAUGAAAUGGCAUACAUGUUU